AUGAAUAACUCUAAAUACUCUCAUUAUUCAUCAAGUUCUUUACCAAGAAAAAAUACCCUUGUUAUUCUUUACCGGAAAGGAAAGGUUCAAGAUGCACUCGUUACUUAUCAAGGUCGUACACUAAGUAUUAGAAGAGGUCGUUCACCAAGUAUUCAAAGGAACAGUUCACUAUCUAUUCGAGAUUCAAGAGGUCACUCAUCAUCCAUCAGGAAUCUAAAAGAUCAUGAUAAUGACCAUUCAUCAACCAUCAUAAACUCGAGAAGAUUUGGUAAUAGCUAUUCGCCAAGUAUUCAAAGGAACUGUUCACCAUCUAUUCGAGAUUCAAGAGGCUGCUCGUCAUCUAUCAGGAAUCCAAGAGGUCAUAAUAAUGAUCAUUCAUUAACCAUCAUGGACUCGAGAAGAUUUAGUAAUAGCCAUUCGCUAAGUAUUCAAAGGA